AUGUUUCUGUUUUCUUCAUCGUCUUUACAAUUACGCAAGAGCUUUUUCCCGCCGAUUUUAUCAUUGUUCCUGAGCUUGAACAAGAGUUUGAAAUCAUGUGGGUUUUCUUCUGAUUCAACUAAAGCCCUACCUUCAUGUGUCUCUAAAUCAAUCAAAGUAGGCAACUUUAAUCUAUUAUUAGAUUCUGAUUACGAUGCGAAUUCGCAACUAAAAGAGGCGAAUUUGGUCCUUCGUUCGCUUCAAUCCGAUCCCAAUUCUGCUCUUGAGUACUUCCGAUGGGCGGAGAUUUCUGGAAGAGAUCCUUCUUUCUUUACACUUUCACACGUUUUGAUCCGACAUGGGAUGUUCGGUGUUGCACAUAAGGUGUUUGAUGAAAUGAUUGCUAAUCGCGGAAAGGAUUUUCAUGUUCUGGGUUCGUUGUGGGAUGGUUCAAUGGACUUUCCUUUGAAUCACGGUGUUUUCUAUGGGUUUUUGAUGGAAUGUUGUUGUAGAUAUGGUAUGGUUGAUGAGGCUAUGAAUAUAUUUGUGUAUAGUAUUCAGUCCGGUGUAGUUAUACCGGAGGUUUCUGUAUAUAGGUUGCUAAAUUAUUUGAUUGAUGCUGCUCGUAUUGACUUAAUUGCUGAUAAUUGGGAUAAAUUAUGUAGAGUUAUGGUCCCUUCUGGUUUGAGUGCUUAUGGGUUUGUGUUGGAUAGUCUUUUCAACAAAGGAGAGGUUACAAAGGCUUUAGAUUUUCACCGACUAGCCAUUGAGAGAGGAUUUCAUGUUGAUAUAGUUUCUUGCAAUAAGAUUUUGAAAGGUCUUUCAGUUGAUCGGUUAGAGGUAGCUUCUCGUAUGUUAAGCUUGGUGUUGGAUUGUGGUCCGGCGCCUAAUGUGGUGACUUUUGGUACAUUGAUUAAUGGGUUCUGCAAGAGAGGCGAAAUGGAUAGAGCGUUCGAGCUUUUCAAAGUUAUGGUGCAGAUGGGAAUAGCGCCGGACUUGAUCGCUUACAGCACUCUGAUUGAUGGAUAUUUCAAGGCGGGGAUGUUAGGAAUGGGUCAUAAACUUUUCUCGCAGGCAUUACAGAAAGGCGUAAAGUUGGACGUAGUUGUUUUUAGUUCAACGAUUGACGUAUAUGUAAAAUGUGGGGAUUUCGUAACAGCAUCUGAUGUGUACAAGAGAAUGUUGUGUCAAGGGAUUUCCCCUAAUGUUUUUACCUACACCAUUCUGAUAAAAGGCUUGUGCCAGGACGGUAGAAUUUACGAGGCUCUUGGUAUAUAUGGUCAGAUCUUGAAACGUGGUCUGGAGCCAUCAGUUGUAACUUAUAGCAGUCUCAUUGACGGAUUUUGCAAGUGUGGGAACUUGAGAUCCGGGUUUGCUUUGUACGAGGAUAUGAUAAAGAUGGGUCAUCCACCUGAUGUUGUCAUCUACGGUAUGCUUGUCGAUGGCCUUUGUAAGCAAGGGCUAAUGCUCCACGCUUUGAGAUUCUCUGUUAAGACUCUACGUCAUUCGGUCCGGGCCAAUGUCGUAGUUUUUAAUUCUUUAAUAGAUGGCUGGUGUAAGUUAAAUCGUUUUGACAAGGCUUUGAAGGUGUUUAGAUUGAUGGGGAUAUAUGGUAUAAGCCCUGAUGUAGCUACAUUCACCACGCUUAUGAAAGUGAGUCUCAUGGAAGGUAGAUUAGAAGAAGCAUUGUUUCUUUUUUUCUGGAUGUUCAAAAUGGGUUUUAAACCUGAUGCUGUAGCAUUCUGUAUGCUAAUGGAUGCAUUCUGCAAGCAUAUGAAGCCAACCAUUGGGCUUCAGCUUUUUGAGCUGAUGCAGAGGAAUCGAAUUUCUAUGGAUCUUGCGAUAUGUAAUGCUGUCAUUAAUUUGUUUUUCAAAGGUCACCGUGUGGAAGAUGCUUCUAAGUUCUUUAAUAAUCUUAUCGAAGGAAAUCUGGAGCCUGAUAUUGUGACAUAUAACACAAUGAUAUGUGGCUACUGCUCUAUUAGAAGGUUAGAUGAAGCAAUGAGGAUUUUCGAGAUGCUCAAAUUUACCCCUUUUGGACCCAAUGCCAUUACUUUGACUAUACUAAUCCAUGCACUCUGUAAAAAUAAUGAUACGGAUGAUGCUAUAAGGAUGUUCUCCAUGAUGAAGGAAAAGGGCCCUAAACCAAAUGUCGUCACAUACGGUUGUCUGAUGGAUUCCUUUGCAAAAUCCGUCGAUAUUGAAGGUUCUUUCAAGCUUUUCGAGGAUAUGCAAGAGAAGGGUAUUUCUCCAAGCAUAAUAAGUUAUAGCAUCAUAAUCGACGGUCUUUGCAAACGAGGAAGAGUGGAUGAAGCAACAAACAUCUUCCAUCAAGCCAUUGAUGCAAAGUUAUUGCCUGAUGUUGUUGCGUACACAAUUCUUAUUCGUGGCUGUUGCAAGGUUGGAAAACUCGUUGAAGCUGCAUUGUUGUAUGAACAUAUGUUAAGAAACGGAGUCAAACCAGAUGAGUUGAUGCAACGAGUCCUUUCAGAAUAUAAUCCACUGAAAUGGUUGAUGAGCAAAGGGAUUUGGAUACACGAUAAAACGACACCUGACUAA